AUGAUCCGGCGGUCAGGCACUAUCACAUUACCAAAACCACCAGGCAGUCCUCGUUUGGCUCGAACAAAGGAGAACAUUCAAAAGCGACUGGGUCUUUCAACAGGAUGGCGCCAAGCCUCACUCGCAUCGGUAUAUCAUUUAUCACAAAAAUGGUGCCGAGACAAUUUUCCAACAUUUAUUGAGAAAGACAUAUGGCCACCAAAUAGUUCAGAUUUAAACCCACUGGACUAUUCAAUUUGGGAUCAGCUGGUCAACAACAUCAAUUGGAACAAAGUCUACUAA